CUUCCGCUUGUGUUUAAGUAAGCAAAACAAACAUGGCGACGUACAGACAGGUCGGCAGGUUGUUGGGGAUUUCAGCAAGACUUUCACUACCUCUUGCUGGCAGAGGGUGUCAGAGCACUGGAUUACACUGGCCUUCACAUACUACAGGAGUCUCGAACAGAUGGCCACAAAACCCUCUCUGGGUUGUUCCUGGAAGGACCAUGUUUGUUCAGACACAGGACACACCAAAUCCAAACAGUAUGAAGUUUCUGCCUGGUCGAACCGUUCUUGAAGAGGGAACUAUGAACUUUGCUGGCCCUCGUGAUGCAUAUUGCUCACCCUUAGCCAGACAGCUGUUUAGGAUUGAUGGAGUCAAGAGUGUCUUCCUGGGCCCCGACUUUAUUACCAUCACAAAGUCUGAUGCACAUAUGGAAUGGAAAGUAAUUAAACCUGAUGUGUAUGCUGCCAUUAUGGACUUUUUUACAUCUGGACUUCCUAUUGUCAAUGAGGACAGCAAGCCUAGUGCAGAUACAGCACCGUCAGAUGAUGAUGAUGAAGUAGUUGCUAUGAUCAAAGAACUGUUGGAUACUCGAAUAAGGCCAACAGUGCAGGAGGAUGGAGGUGAUGUUCUGUAUCGGGGAUUUGAAGACGGCAUUGUUAAAUUGAAGCUGCAGGGCUCCUGCACCAGCUGCCCCAGUUCAAUUAUUACUUUGAAGAGUGGAAUCCAAAACAUGCUGCAGUUUUACGUCCCUGAAGUUGAAUCAGUUGAGCAGGUGAAAGAUGAGGAGGAGGAGGCUGCUCAAGUUUGAACUACUGAAACCACAGCUACAUUUACACAUUCCUCUUUCUCUCUCUCUGCCAGCCACCUGCUUUAAUGCAAGUCAUAGUUGCAAUAAAAUGACCUGUUGUAUAACACAGCUGUGUGAAAGAUCUUGUCACCCUUAUUUAUCCAGAUGUUAUUAUUGAUUUUGGUAGCUUUUUUCUGUACAACGACAGUAUUUCGCAAAAUGUAGGUGUGAAAACCCUGGUCAUAGGAACGGAUGACCGUGAGGCUGAAAUGACUGAUAUUUAUUAUUUCACAUUGUUUGACAUUUUCUGAAUCUGUCUGCUGACCUGUAGCCUGUUCAGGGUGUCUGCUAGGAUAGGCUCCAGCACCCCACGAGGAGGUGGGUGUAUAACCAAUGGAUGGAUGAAUCAGUCAGCAGUCAAACACAGCCUUUAGGGUCAAAAUGCAUAUAUACUGUAUGUAUAUAAAUAAAAUUUUCUGAAAUAUUUUA